AAUUUUUCUAAUUUUUGCAGAAGAUUUUCUGAAAUGGCUGAGAAAAGCAAGAUCUUGUUCAUCGGAGGCACCGGCUACAUCGGAAAAUUCAUCGUCGAAGCAAGCGCAAAGUCUGGCCACCCCACCUUUGCUCUUGUCAGAGAGAGCACUCUCUCCGAUCCCGUUAAGGGAAAACUCGUCGAGAAAUUCAAGAACUUGGGCGUCACUUUGCUCCAUGGAGAUCUCUACGACCAUGGGAGCUUGGUAAAGGCAAUUAAGCAGGUGGACGUGGUGAUAUCGACGGUUGGACACCUGCAGUUAGCAGAUCAGGUCAAGAUCAUUGCUGCCAUUAAAGAAGCUGGUAAUGUUAAGAGAUUCUUUCCAUCGGAAUUUGGAAACGAUGUGGACCGUGUCCAUGCUGUUGAGCCAGCUAAGUCUGCAUUUGAGACAAAGGCCAAAAUCCGCCGUGCCGUUGAGGCUGAAGGCAUCCCCUACACUUACGUUUCAUCCAACUACUUUGCUGGGUACUUUCUACCUACGUUGGCACAGCCAGGACUCACUUCUGCUCCUAGAGACAAACUCAUUAUCUUAGGAGAUGGAAAUGUCGGGGCGGUUUUUAACAAGGAAGAUGACAUAGCAACCUACACGAUUAGAGCUGUAGAUGACCCAAGAACAUUGAACAAGAUCCUCUACGUGAGGCCUCCCAAAAACAUUUACACAUUCAAUCAGCUUGCAGCAGUUUGGGAAAAGAAGAUUGGCAAAACCCUGGAGAAAAUCUAUGUUCCAGAGGAGAAGCUUUUGAAGGACAUUCAAGAGUCCCCAAUUCCAAUCAAUGUGAUCUUGUCAAUCAACCACUCGGCUCUUGUGAAGGGAGAUCAUACCAACUUUGAGAUUGAGCCAUCAUUUGGCGUGGAGGCUUCCGAGCUAUACCCAGAUGUCAAAUACACCACUGUCGAUGAAUACCUGGAUCAAUUUGUUUGAGAAAUCAAAACCCCAGCUUCUGCUUUUAUUAAUAUAUAAGAAUAAGUUUGGUUGUUAUGGGUGACUCCAUGCGGGGAGUGUUCGUAGCUUUUCUCAUGUAAUUGAAACGUGAUCUACUAAAUAUGAGUGCUGCAGUUCUUAUUGGUA